AUGGCUUCAAAGAAGACACCCCGUGUCACAAAGACUGGGGUGUCCAUGCCUCGUGUAGUCGACGAGACAACCCAGCCUCUACAGACAAUCCAGCCAUUUCCGAUCGUCCAGCCUAACCAGAUCGUUCAGCCUGCUCAGAUCAAUCAGCCUACCCAGACUGCACAGUUUAUGCAGCCUGAGCAGAUCGUCCAGCCCGAGCAGAUCGUCCAGCCUGAGCAGAUCGUCCAGCCUGAGCAGAUCGACCAGCCUGAGCAGAUCGUCCAGCCUGAGCAGAUCGUCCAGCCUGAGCAAAUCGUCCAGCCUGAGCAGAUCAUCCAGCCUGAGCAGAUCGUCCAGCCUGAGCAGAUCGUCCAGCCUGAGCAGAUCGUCCAGCCUGAGCAGAUCGUCCAGCCUGAGCAGAUCGUUCAGCCUGAGCAGAUCGUCCAGCCUGAGCAGAUCGUCCAGCCUGAGCAGAUCGUCCAGCCUGAGCAGAUCGUCCAGCCUGAGCAGAUCGUCCAGCCUGAGCAGACCGUCCAGCCUCUACAGACAAUCCAGCCUACCGAGACUGCUCAAGCAACCCAGACACUUCAGACACUUCAGGAUCCGCUACCGUUGCGGCCGGCGCAUCAACAAGUACAGCUGCAUGAACCCGUCAAUCUUCCUCUACCAGCUCAGCUUGAGCAACCAUUGCAGGUUCGGCAACCAAUCAGGUUUGAGCAAGCAGUCGGGUUUGAGCAAGCAGUCGGGUCUAAGCAAGCAGUCGGGUUUGAGCAACCAGUCGGGUUUCAGCAACCAGUCGGAUUUCAACAACCAGUCGAUUUUCAGCAACCAGUCGGGUUUCAGCAAGCGGUCGGGUUUGAGCAACCAGUCGGGUUGGAGCAAGCAGUCGGGUUAGAGCAAGCAGUCGGGUUUGAGCAAGCAGUCGGGUUUGAGCAAGCAGUCGGGUUUGAGCAAGCAGUCGGGUUUCAGCAACCAGUCGGAUUUCAGCCACCAGUCGGGUUUCAGCAACCAGUCGGGUUUCAGCAACCAGUCGGAUUUCAGCAACCAGUCGAUUUCAGCAACCAGUCGGGUUUCAGCAAGCGGUCGGGUUUGAGCAAGCAGUCGGGUUGGAGCAAGCAGUCGGGUUGGAGCAAGCAGUCGGGUUUGAGCAAGCAGUCGGGUUUGAGCAAGCAGUCGGGUUUCAGCAACCAGUCGGAUUUCAGCCACCAGUCGGGUUUCAGCAACCAGUCGCGUUUCAGCAACCAGUCGCGUUUCAGCAACCAGUCGGGUUUCAGCAACCAGUCGGGUUUCAGCAACCAGUCGGGUUUCAGCAACCAGUCGGGUUUCAGCAACCAGUCGGGUUUCAGCAACCAGUUGGGCUUCAGCAACCUGUCCAGACACAAAAUCCAGUUCUACCUGUCUCGACGCACCAGCCUGUCGUAAGAGUCUCAUCUGGUAGUAGUGACAUGGCCCAGCCUGAUCUGCUUGAUCAGCAACCUUUGAGCAGUGCUCCACAAAUGCCUUAUCUACGGUCGGCGCGCAAGGGGAGUCCAUCGGGACCAUCAUUCGAAAGCUCAGUCUCGUAAUCGAAUCCCAUUCAUCCGUUGCGUGAUCUCUCGCCAGAGCGUCUUCCAAGUUCUCCGAAUCUUGGACGCAGUGCUGUUCGUUUCGGUAGACCAGCAAUAGUGGAACCACCGGUAACUGAACCAAUGGACACCAGUGCUGCCUCCAUGACGUCGAGACAUCCAAUCGCAUAUCAUUUAGUACCAAACCCAAGCAGAAUAUAAUACGAGUGUAAAUGGCUUGUUAACGAUGAUAACGAUAUUGUGUGUGCCAAGCACUUCCGGACUGAACAGCACUUAUCGGGUCACAUCAUGAACGAGCACCUGAAGGGAUUUCAUCUGCCUGGAAUCACUUGCCGCUGGAAAGAAUGUACUCACUGGUCCAAUAUCCAAGCCCUGUCCUAUCCACGCAUGCUUUCAAGUCCGUCCUACUUUUGCAGACCUCUGGAAUCACAUGCACACCCACUCUGAAGAGGAACUGUCCUUUUAUAAGUGUAAUAAGGCUGGUUGUUCAGCACUCUUUUCCAAAACGUCUGGCCUUGAACACCAUAGGAGGAUUUUUGGUCAUGGCUGUGAGGAGACUGAUGUGCAGAAUGCUCAUCAAGAUUGUAGGCAAGAGUGAAGGGCGGAGGCUUAUAAAUUAAAUAAGUACACCUAAAGCUGUCCUACUUGAUCUCAUUCCGUAUGUUCCUCAAGUGUCAUGCAUAUCCUACUAUUUUUAGAUUUUAUUUUUCAGAUAAUCAUCCUGGAUUCUAUCACUAGAAUGAGAUGCCCAUAAGGUCCUCUUCGCAAUAUAUAGCGGAGUGUCCUCUGCUGCAGAAAGUCUUCAUGUUGGAUUUCGUUUCUUGUUGUCGCAAUCCUGUUCCGUCAUGUGUUCGUUUGUUUGUCGUAAUACCUCAGUUGUAUGUUUGGACUAAACCUUCAGUGUGUAAAGACGACUUUGUCGUAUUUUGUGUUUUAAUACAAACAAUUUUUUCAUAUUUUGUAAAGGAAAUUGUUUCUGGGACAAGAGCUAGAGGUCCCAAGCAUCUCAAUUCCAUAAAAGGAUA